CUCUGAGAGUGUUACAUCUCCCUGAAAGAGAGAUCAGCAGUGCAAGCAUGGCAUUUCUGACAGCAGUCCUGUACUUAGGUUUCGCAUGCAUAUCACAAGGAUUGCCCACCUGGCCAGAUAGAGUAGAGAGCAGGAAUCCUCUCUUCGGAUCCAGAGUGGCGUUAAACCUCCCAAGCCUACUGGAUGGAAACAGACAUCAUAGAGAUAUGAGAUAUCCUUUAUAUAUGAUGCAGCUGUACCAGAAUCUUGUCACGGGAAAUGAUACAGGUCUUGCCAAUCGGCCAAACACUGCCACGAAGGAAUAUGAUACCGUUCUGAGUCUCUUUGCAAAAAAGUGCACCGAAAGUGAGAACCGUUGGACACUGUCUUUUGACAUGUCGGCUGUCUCCCGGAGUAAUGAACUGAAGUUGGCAGAACUAAGAAUUCUACUUCCUCACACUGAACCAUCACACAAUAUUACCAUGGAUAUGUACCACAGUAGGGAUGGUGAAGACAAUCUCUACCUGGGAUCAUUUAAUGCAAACCCUCCUUCUACCAAAGGCUCACCAUGGAAAGUUUUUAACGUAACCAAGAUCCUACAGCCUUAUUUCAAGGAAAGAAGGGAUAUUGAUAGUGAACACCUAAAAGCAAAGGAAAGGGCAGAGAGAGGCUCAGGUAUGAGCAAUGCAGAGUUCAUAGAUGCCCCAGGUCCUUCCCAACAAUACAAUCCUCAUCAAACAUCUGUCCCUACAUACCUCAAUACCAAGGGAGUCAUGCUAGUGUUGUUUACUAAAGUCAAGUCCUCUGCCAACCAUAUUGGCUUUCCCAGCCUCAUCAAGACAGCAGAGUCAUCCAAAUACGUUGACAUAGAGAAAGCUAGUAGAGUGCCUGGUAUUAGGAGACACAGAAGGAACAGGAAUGAAAACCAUCACUUAUCAAUAGGAAGCAUCCCUUCCAGGCAUGUCGAAAAUGGGAAACCUCUUUGUAGGAGAGUGGACAUGAUUGUGGACUUUGAGGACAUUGGAUGGAGCAGCUGGAUUGUCUACCCAAAAAAGUACAAUGCUUAUAGAUGCGAGGGAGCUUGUCCAAUUCCACUAAAUGAGACCUUCAAACCAACAAACCAUGCCUAUAUGAAAAGUGUGGUCAAGUUGUACCAACCCGAACGAGUGGAGUGUCCAUUGUGCGUCCCGGUGAAGAUGAGCCCACUCUCCAUGUUGUAUUAUGAGGGAGAUGAGGUUGUUUUGAGGCACCACCAAGAGAUGAUUGUAGAGGAAUGUGGGUGCAGUUAAUGAUUUUACUGGCCUACAAAACAAUAGCUGCCAUUUAUAUCUAAUAAUCCCUUCUGCAAAAAAAUGUGUGUAAAUGUGUAUGUAGAUAUGUAAAUAAUUGAGAUGUAUAUUUGGUAUUUAUUCAUGGUAGGGAUAAGCAAAUUAAAUAUUUGUGUCAAAUUAAAGUAUGUGUAUUGAAACAUUUGUAUUAUGUUUGCUGUUUUGAUAAGUUAUGCCUUGGCUUUGUUGCAAUAAACUAUAAAACAUA